GUCAGAGUGGUGAGGUCAACGAUUUUCAUUCCCGAGGUUGAACUUGGUGGCCCUGCCGGUUGCCAUCGAACCUAACUUUACCGUGCCUGAGAUCUGGGUUUUAGGGCGACGACUCUCCAGAUCUCGCAUUGAAUUGUAUGAGAACAGCCCGUCAUUGCCUCUCUGCCUCAGUCUUCAUUCUUCUUCACCAACUUCACAUUCAACCUCGUAUCCUACGAUUGCAGGCAACAUAAUUCAUACUCUCCACUCCACCAUGGCAACUCUACGCACAACAUCGCGCCUUUUCACGGCUGCCAGACCAGUUUUCCGCGCACAGCAAUUGCGAGGUCUUGCCACCAUCGCCGACACAGUAACCGGAGCCCAGCCCAAAGACCAGACCGGUACCGUCAACGAUCCUACGAAAGAUGCGAAAAUCAAGACGUUCCAAAUUUACCGGUGGAAUCCAGAUGAGCCUGCGUCGAAGCCCCGGAUGCAGAGUUACUCUUUGGAUUUGAACAAGACCGGUCCUAUGAUGCUGGAUGCUCUGAUCCGAAUCAAGAACGAAGUGGACCCAACACUGACCUUCCGAAGGAGUUGCAGAGAGGGGAUCUGUGGGAGUUGCGCUAUGAAUAUUGAUGGGGUAAAUACUUUGGCCUGUUUAUGUGAGUAACCUGCGGAAAAACUGGGUGGCAAUCGCAACAUUCUCUGGAAAAGCGCUAAUCCCAUGACAUAGGCCGUAUUCCCACCGAUACCACCAAAGAAUCCAAGAUCUAUCCCCUUCCUCACACCUACGUCGUGAAGGACAUCGUCCCAGAUCUGACGCAAUUCUACAAGCAAUACAAAUCCAUCAAGCCAUACCUCCAAAAGACCACCCCCGCACCCGACGGAAAGGAAUACCGACAAUCCAAGGAAGAUCGCAAGAAGCUAGACGGUCUCUACGAGUGCAUUCUCUGCGCCUGCUGUUCCACCUCCUGCCCAUCAUAUUGGUGGAACUCAGAAGAAUACCUCGGCCCUGCCGUUCUCCUGCAGAGCUACCGCUGGAUCGCCGAUUCACGAGACGAGAAGAAGGAGGAGCGAAAGGCGGCUCUGGAUAAUAGUAUGAGCGUGUACCGAUGCCACACUAUCUUGAACUGCUCGAGAACAUGUCCUAAGGGAUUAAAUCCUGGUUUGGCUGUUGCGGAGAUCAAGAAGGAGUUGGCGUUACAUUAGGGAGGGGGUGUGUAUAUGGAUGGGGAGGAAGGGAGUUGUAAGCAUGGGUUGAGGGGGGUGGUUAUUCACGCAUUCUUAAGGUCACUAUUGUGGCCGUGUAAUUUGAUUUUUCUGUUAGCAUUACUGAAAUUCGAUUGCUCUUUUUUCAAAAAACACACCUUUUGCCUCCUAGAAGCGUUCACCCUUUCGUUUUUCUAUUAUUU